AUGCCCCGAGUUCGCGUUAGUUCAAGCCAAAAUUGCCAUGAGAAGGAAGGUCGGCUCCUACUGGCUGUACAGGCUAUUAAAAAAAAGGAGAUUACAUUAAUAUGUGAGGCAGCACAUCACUUCAAUGUGCCUGAAUCUAUACUAUGUACGCGACUACGCGGGACUACAAAUCGCGCCGAAUCUCGCGCAAAUGGCCAUAAAUUAACUGAGAUUGAAGAGGAAGUGCUUAAGCAGAUCCUACCGGAUAAUAUCUACAACUUUGAUAAGACUGGCUUUGCAAUAGGCCUUUGUGCACAUCAGAAAGUAAUUACUAAGUUACUGCAAUUAAGUCAAUCAGUGCUUCUGGAUAGAAUUUUGAAGCGCUCGUACGCCAGCUUGGUUGAUCAGAAAAUGUGGCUUGGUAUCAGCUAUAUUAACAAACUUGAUUUCCUUGCAGCCUAUCCACAAGCUCGAAUCAGCAUAUUUAAGCUGGAUACAAUCAGAAACAGCUGUCAAAUUGCAAUGCAAAAGGUCAUACUAUUGGAGCAAGAGAAUAGGAUAGCUCAUGAUAAUGGUCUGUCUGUACAAGAGGCUACAGAGCUCGAGGAAGCUUAUAAUGUGUCUUUUCAGGCAAUACCUGGUCCAUGCGGGCCACCAGCAGAAGGUGCACAAACACCAAAGGCAUGGGCAUUACCUAUAUAUAGCGUUGUGGUUGAUUAA